CCACUGUCAACUGAAAAGCUGUUUACCGCUUCCAAAAACUGCGAAAUUCUGCGCGAUCUCCAUUACUCGUCCGUAAUUUUAGAGCAAGUUUUGAACAAUUUUGGAAUAUUUUAUUAUUGAAAAGCAAUGGUGUCGAUUGUUCCUUCACGUUUUGCCGGUUUGCGAAUAGAAGACGAUGACGACGAUUACGUGAAACCGAAGCAAAAGCAAAAAAACACGCUAACUCAGAAGACUACCAGCGGUAACAAUCAGAAGCAGACCGGCAAUCAAGGACAGCAGAGCAAUCAAAAGAAACCUAAACCGAAAAAGCCUAAAAAAUCUGUAAACGAAGCUGCACAAUCGGAACAAUGGAACAAAUGGCAAGAGAAGGACACCGAAAUAGUCGACAAUCAUUAUGAGAAGGAUUUGGAACAAGCUCUGCUUCUGUCCAAGCUAGAUUUCGAGGCCAACAAAACGAAAUAUGCAAAGAAUGAACGCGAAGCGAAACAAUCUUCCAAGUCAAAGAAAUCUCGUCCUUUAUCGUUGCAACAGUUUCAGACAAAGGUGGACAAAGAUACAGUUGAAAAAGAAGUUCAGAAGCAGCGAAAGGAUGAAGAAAUUGAAUACAAUCGAAAGUUUACUUUCUUCGAGCAGAUCGAUCGUGAAACAAAGCAAAUCAUUCAAAAAGAACAAUUCAAAGCACUCGUUGCCAAUCGAGAGUACAGCGCUGAAAGCUCUCCUUCCGAAGAGACUGACAAAACGGAACCAGUUCCACAAGAAGCUACGGAAUUGGAUCUCCUAAAGGCGGAAAACUACGCCUUGAAAGCGGAACUGGAAACGCUCCGGUCGAAGUACAAAAAAAUCUACUCGGUCCUGAAAAGCGGCGAGAUGAAGGACAAAACCGAACUGCUGAUUGAAAUCGAAAAGCUGAAAAAGACUCGAGAGGACAUGACUGCCGAAAUGACCGCGCUCUAUGCCCAACUGGAGCAGGAGAAGUCCAAGGUGAGCUCCACAGGGCACGAGAAGGGUAAGGAGAAGAGCUCCGGUCGAAAGUCGGUUCGUUUCGACGCUUCAUCGGAAGUGCACAACGGUAAAGGCGAAUGAGCCGAACGAUGAAUUUAGUCGGUUCAGGGUGUACUAUUUCUUUUUAUAAUUUCUUCCUUAUGUUGUCCGUACGGUAUUACAAAAUUUCCAUGAAUUUUAAAAAUCAAUAGCCAGUAGUUGACCCUAGUGCAAACAAAUAAAUGUAUGGAAUCUCGAA